UUGAUCAAGAUACAAUCUAGCUCAUGGUAUAUAGUUACUUUUCAUGCCUUCUCUUCUUCAUCUUUUGGAAUCACAUUCACCUUUGGGGUGCUCAAAUCUGUGAAUUAGAAUGUUGGGGCCAAUUUUUGUCCUGGUGUAAAUAUUGUUGAGUAUUUGGAAUCAAUGUAAUUGAAUUGCGGAAGCUUUCUUAAGGGGAGGGGGGUUAAAGCUCCAGAGAUGCUUCAAAAUGUCAAGUGAAUCUCUGUUAACACAUCUAGAUUUUUGAUUGCUUAACCGGGUAGCUUAUUCUUUCACCAGUGUGCAGAUAUUACCUUUUUUUUCAUUGUUGUUCUGUCUAAUUUUUUGAUGUAUUUACAGGCUGAUAAUUAUAAGAAAGUGUGUUCUCACAUGAAUCCAAAUAGCAUACUUUGUCUUUCACAUGGUUUCCUCCUUGGCCAUUUGCAGUCAAUAGGACUAGACUUCCCGAAGAAUAUGAGUGUGGUUGUUUGUCCCAAGGGAAUGGGUCCCUCAGUUAGGCGAUUAUAUGUUCAAGGAAAAGAAAUCAAUGGUGCUGGAAUUAAUACAAGUUUUGCCAUUCACCAGGAAAAGGAGGGAUUACCAUCCUUCCCAAUGGGAAAAAUUAACGGACAAAGGAUGUGGAAGGUUGGUGAGCGCAUUCGAGCAACACGACCAGCGGGUGAUCUUGGUCCUCUGUAUUCUUUCACUGCUGGUGUCUAUGUGGCAUUGAUGAUGGUCCAGGAUGGCCCGAGUUAG